AGAAAGUAAAACAGCAAAUAGAGGGCGAAUUAAACGAUAGACUUCGGGAAGCUGAAAGAAAAUAUCGGACGGAGACUGAUAAAAGAAGUCAGCUCGAAACGCGCCUUCAGAAAGUGGAACGCGGUCAGACAGAGCAAGACUUAAAAAUUUAACGGCUCACCAAUGACAAUGCCCAAUUACGAAGGCUGAAAUACCAUUUGGAAGUUAUGCAAGCACACGCAGGGGAGACCAACACCAAGUUACGACAUCUCGAGAAGAACCAACGUAAGAAAAAUGUACGACUCAAAACACAAAUCGAAGAACUGACGGAGACAAACGACAGCUUAAAGAAAUCGUUAAUUGAUCUUCAAAAAGAGAGUGAGAAAACAGAGGCCAGUUUAAAUCAUCAACUAAAAGAAGCAAACACAAAAUUUCAAAAGGAGACUGAUACAACAAAACAGCUAAAAAUGCGCCUUGAAGAAUAUAAUCAAUUUUGGAGAAGUCAAGAAUUGACUUAUUGCAUUACACCAGCGGAUAUUGCACAGAAAAUGAGAAGUCUUUAUGAAAAUGAAUGGACAGAUGCGAAGAAUAAUUUGAAUUGUACCAAACCCGAGGCCUUCGCAGAGGAAGAACUGUUACGAAUUUUAAAGACCGUCUACGAACAGUGUCAAGGAAUAUAUUGGAAGAUAAACUUUGAAAACGUUCAGAAGGCAAUGCCAGAGAUCCCUGCUGAAACUUUUCAGGGAGAUUCUACGUAUGGUUCCGAUUAUGGGGCGUGCCUUUCGACUGGGAUAAAGCAACAAAUUACAGUGAUAAGGAAGCACAUAGCACAGUUUGCGCUGAAAAUCAUGAGAAGUAAUUUGACUGAUCAAGUAACAUUGCCGAAUGACUCCGAUGACCUUACUGCCUACUACAACAAAUGUGUGGAAGUGUGCUGGCUGGCCGCGGUCCAGGAUCCGCCUCUGUUCAUGAACUUCAAUCCGAGAGAGGAAGGCGAUGCAUUUUUCGAAGUCAUUAAGACUGACGGAAUAUAUGCUGGGUGUUUGGUCUGGCCUGCACUUCUAGAACGCGAACAUGGCGCAGUAUUGGUGAAAGGAAAAGUCGUUGAUACGAGGUCACGUCCAUACAUGCGUGAUAUAAAACCAACUGGGAGAUCUAGAUCGCGAAGCAGUUCUCGCUCAGUUUGGGAUUAGCAAAUCAUAAAGCGUAUCAGGCAGAGUAUAUGAUGUGUUUUAUGUCUUUUUUAAGAACGAUUAAUGUGUUGGUCAAUUGAUUCCGGUCGGUAUGCUCUGUUAUGAACACAGUUCAAAAUUGGAAAUGCACGUACUUUUUCGGAUAAAUAUGUAUUUCUAUUUAACCAGUAUAUAUCAACCAGUACAU